CAAGCUUGGUCAAGUUUGGUCCAGCCCAGCCAAGACGGCAUUUGGCAUUGACCACUCGGUUGGGGAUCAGCAGGACCCCCACGUUAAUCAUCAUCCCACUUCCAGAAAAUUUCCCCAAACUUCAGGAACUUCUGACGAACACUGCACAACUGUAGUAACAACAACGCUUCAAUUGCUAAAUACAAAGCUUCAACGGCUCAGAUGUUAAAUAUGUACGAAAAAACUCAGCAACUCGUCGGGAAUAUGCAGCAUUCAAGUCGCACGACAUCUUACUCCGAUCAUCCAGGAUGGCCUCCAGCGACGAACCGAUGACUGAUAUCGAGAAAGGGCGUGGAAUUAAUACCUCGCAGUCUCAUUCGCAGCUCCAGCUCCCAACCGAUAAAGAUGCAUCAGUCGAGAUAGACCCAACGCUUCACAUCGACGAAUCUAUUGCCUCGUCCGACAAUAAGUUACUUCAAUUGACUCAGCGGAUUGAACGAAUUCUUGGUCUAGAAGCCCGCGGCAUCCACCGAGUAAAAAAGAAUGAGCAGACGGCUAGGGCAACACUUGGGUUCUGGCAGAUUGUUAUGAUGUGGUUCUCAAUCAACACUGCACCACAAAAUAUUACUCUUGGAAGCAUUGGUCGUGAGGUUUAUGGUCUGGGCUUCCGGGAUGCUGUUUUAUGCAGUGUUUUUGGAGGAAUCCUUGGAUGUAUUCCAGUCGCAUACACUGCCGGCUGGGGGCCGUGGAGUGGCAACCGAACUAUGAUUUGUGCUAGGUUUAUAAUGGGAUGGUGGCCAGUGAAGAUCUGUGUCUUGCUCAACCUGGUGGUCUUGAUUGGUUAUGCCAUGAUAGAUGCUGUUGUUGCAGGCCAGAUACUUUCCGCUGUUUCACGUAAUGGCAGCUUGACUGUCCAAGUUGGGAUAAUAAUCACCGCUAUCAUCACAUGGAUAAUCACUACAUUUGGCAUUAAACUGUUCCACUACUUCGAAAGAUAUGCUUUUAUCCCACAGACAGCCGUGCUCUUGAUUCUAGCAGGAACUGCAGGACCAAAAUUCGAUAUACAAUCUCCGUCCACCGUCGAAGGAGCUACACUUGCAGGCAAUCGAUUGAGUUUCUUCUCUAUCUGUCUCAGUGCAGCAAUUACGUAUGCACCAGGAGCUGCUGAUUUCCUCGUAUACUGCGACCCAAAAAUUGCUUCACGCUGGAUGGUGUUUGCUGCCACCAUGGUCGGCCUAUCGCUGUCCUUUACCUUUACCUUCAUUCUUGGCGCAGGUCUCGCUUCUGGACUUCAGAACGACCCGACGUGGGAAGCUGCGGGUGCUGGAACGGGUGCUCUAGUAGUAGCAGGCUACAACGGACUUGGAGGGUUUGGUAAAUUCUGUGCAGUUGUCUCGGCUUUGGGUCUCAUCCCGAAUAUGGUCGCUCCUACGUACAUCUCUGGAAUUGACUUCCAGAUUCUUGGGAGAGGUUUUGCCAUUGUCCCGCGCUUCAUCUGGAACACUUUUGCUGCGGUGGUAUUUACUGUCUGUGCACUUGCCGGACGGAACAGUCUCUCCGCCAUCUUCACGAACUUUUUGGCUUUGAUGGGUUAUUGGGUCGUUAUUUGGAUUGCCAUCAGUCUGGAAGAAGAAUUUAUCUUCCGCCGGAGACGCACUCCUAGCUUCGUCUGGAGCGACUGGAACACGCCUGGCAAACUUCCAAUCGGAAUUGCAGCUUUAGCUGCGUUCUGCGUUGGCUGGGUAGGCUCUGUGCUCUGUAUGGCUCAAUAUUACUUCAUUGGCCCUCUCGCUGCUUUGGUUGGAGACUCGGGUGCUGACAUGGGCAAUUAUGUUGGCUUUUCAUGGGCGCUGCUUGUCUACCCACUCUUGAGAUAUUGGGAGUUGAAGCAGUUCGGCAGAUAGAAAAGUUACUCCUUCUACACAAUGGGCUGAGCCGAAAGCAACGCGACUGGUGUCUAAGUUGGCGUUUGCUUGACAAGUACAGGUUCUGUCGUCAUGGGUGGACAUUUAUGCAUAGCCAAUCAUCUCUACUCUGAUUAUCAAACCUAGAGCAAUAUUGCAUAUCUCAGUUUCAUUCGUUCUUAGCUCAUCUCCAUUGAUUCUUGAAUAAGUACUUUCUCUCACGAAACAACAAACCAAGCAAAACAAGAGUCCCGCUCCCAUGAAUCCACCCCUGAGUUUAGCGAGAUGCUCGGCACAACAUUUUGUGGACACUGCUUGACUGCUACCUGAGGACAUGACUCGAACGCUUCACUGGAAGCUUCUGGCCACGUUGACAUAAAAGUACGACAUGCAACAGAACUUUGAUUUUGUGGAAAUUUGGUGGGUUGGGAUGUCAAUGCCUACGUGGGAAUUCGUUCUUCGAUGAUCCUUGAUGUUGGAAAUUGGGGACCAGGGGUUGGUGGGAAUUCUGGGUUUGCGGAAAUGUAAAUGAGUGUAACUAAGCGGCAGUUGAAGGUAAGAUUGUAUUAAUAGAGCAGCUUCUACUGGGUGACGACAGAUUUCAAAGAGUCGCUGCUGGCUGGAUAUCCUGGUGUUCUUUUUUGCGCCAGCCGAAUGGGCAAUGUGCGGGGGGUGCGGUAAGAAAGCAUAAGUUGUUAUUGCCCAAAGUAUCAUCUUCCGAUCUAUGAAGGGAUAUACUUUUAUUGGUGAAG